AUGUGCGUAAGGAUGGACGGGCCCCGCUCUCCUUCAGUAUGUGCGUGGGGAUGGACGGGCCCCGCUCUCCUUCAGUAUGUGCGUGGGGAUGGAUGGGCCCCACUCUGCUUCAGUAUGUGCGUGGGGAUGGACGGGCCCCGCUCUCCUUCAGUGUGUGCGUGGGGAUGGACGGGCCCCGCUCUCCUUCAGUGUGUGCGUGGGGAUGGACGGGCCCCGCUCUCCUUCAGUAUGUGCGUGGGGAUGGAUGGGCCCCACUCUGCUUCAGUGUGUGCGUGGGGAUGGACGGGCCCCGCUCUCCUUCAGUAUGUGCGUGGGGAUGGACGGGCCCCGCUCUCCUUCAGUAUGUGCGUGGGGAUGGACGGGCCCCGCUCUCCUUCAGUAUGUGCGUGGGGAUGGACGGGCCCCGCUCUCCUUCAGUGUGUGCGUGGGGAUGGACGGGCCCCACUCUCCUUCAGUGUGUGCGUGGGGAUGGACGGGCCCCACUCUCCUUCAGUGUGUGCGUGGGGAUGGACGGGCCCCACUCUCCUUCAGUAUGUGCGUGGGGAUGGACGGGCCCCACUCUGCUUCAGUAUGUGCGUGGGGAUGGACGGGCCCCACUCUGCUUCAGUGUGUGCGUGGGGAUGGACGGGCCCCGCUCUCCUUCAGUAUGUGCGUGGGGAUGGACGGGCCCCGCUCUCCUUCAGUGUGUGCGUGGGGAUGGACGGGCCCCACUCUCCUUCAGUGUGUGCGUGGGGAUGGACGGGCCCCGCUCUCCUUCAGUGUGUGCGUGGGGAUGGACGGGCCCUGCUCUGCUUCAGUGUGUGCGUGGGGAUGGACGGGCCCCACUCUCCUUCAGUGUGUGCGUGGGGAUGGACGGGCCCCACUCUCCUUCAGUGUGUGCGUGGGGAUGGACGGGCCCCACUCUGCUUCAGUGUGUGCGUGGGGAUGGACGGGCCCCGCUCUCCUUCAGUAUGUGCGUGGGGAUGGACGGGCCCCGCUCUCCUUCAGUGUGUGCGUGGGGAUGGACGGGCCCCACUCUCCUUCAGUGUGUGCGUGGGGAUGGACGGGCCCCGCUCUCCUUCAGUGUGUGCGUGGGGAUGGACGGGCCCCACUCUCCUUCAGUGUGUGCGUGGGGAUGGACGGGCCCCACUCUGCUUCAGUGUGUGCGUGGGGAUGGACGGGCCCCACUCUCCUUCAGUAUGUGCGUGGGGAUGGACGGGCCCUGCUCUGCUUCAGUGUGUGCGUGGGGAUGGACGGGCCCCACUCUCCUUCAGUGUGUGCGUGGGGAUGGACGGGCCCCACUCUCCUUCAGUGUGUGCGUGGGGAUGGACGGGCCCCACUCUGCUUCAGUGUGUGCGUGGGGAUGGACGGGCCCCACUCUCCUUCAGUGUGUGCGUGGGGAUGGACGGGCCCCGCUCUCCUUCAGUGUGUGCGUGGGGAUGGACGGGCCCCCUCUCCUUCAGUGUGUGCGUGGGGAUGGACGGGCCCCGCUCUCCUUCAGUAUGUGCGUGGGGAUGGACGGGCCCCACUCUCCUUCAGUAUGUGCGUGGGGAUGGACGGGCCCCGCUCUCCUUCAGUAUGUGCGUGGGGAUGGACGGGCCCCGCUCUCCUUCAGUAUGUGCGUGGGGAUGGACGGGCCCCGCUCUCCUUCAGUAUGUGCGUAAGGAUGGACGGGCCCCACUCUGCUUCAGUGUGUGCGUGGGGAUGGACGGGCCCCACUCUCCUUCAGUAUGUGCGUGGGGAUGGACGGGCCCCGCUCUCCUUCAGUAUGUGCGUGGGGAUGGACGGGCCCCGCUCUCCUUCAGUGUGUGCGUGGGGAUGGACGGGCCCCACUCUCCUUCAGUGUGUGCGUGGGGAUGGACGGGCCCCACUCUCCUUCAGUGUGUGCGUGGGGAUGGACGGGCCCCGCUCUCCUUCAGUAUGUGCGUGGGGAUGGACGGGCCCCGCUCUCCUUCAGUGUGUGCGUGGGGAUGGACGGGCCCCGCUCUCCUUCAGUGUGUGCGUGGGGAUGGACGGGCCCCACUCUCCUUCAGUGUGUGCGUGGGGAUGGACGGGCCCCACUCUGCUUCAGUAUGUGCGUGGGGAUGGACGGGCCCCGCCAGGGCUGGACUGGGACAAAAAAACGCCCUGGGCCCCACUCUCCUUCAGUGUGUGCGUGGGGAUGGACGGGCCCCACUCUCCUUCAGUGUGUGCGUGGGGAUGGACGGGCCCCGCUCUCCUUCAGUAUGUGCGUGGGGAUGGACGGGCCCCGCUCUCCUUCAGUAUGUGCGUAAGGAUGGACGGGCCCCACUCUGCUUCAGUGUGUGCGUGGGGAUGGACGGGCCCCACUCUCCUUCAGUAUGUGCGUGGGGAUGGACGGGCCCCACUCUGCUUCAGUGUGUGCGUGGGGAUGGACGGGCCCCACUCUCCUUCAGUAUGUGCGUGGGGAUGGACGGGCCCCACUCUCCUUCAGUAUGUGCGUGGGGAUGGAUGGGCCCCACUCUGCUUCAGUGUGUGCGUGGGGAUGGACGGGCCCCACUCUCCUUCAGUAUGUGCGUGGGGAUGGACGGGCCCCACUCUGCUUCAGUGUGUGCGUGGGGAUGGACGGGCCCUGCUCUCCUUCAGUGUGUGCGUGGGGAUGGACGGGCCCCGCUCUCCUUCAGUGUGUGCGUGGGGAUGGACGGGCCCCACUCUGCUUCAGUGUGUGCGUGGGGAUGGACGGGCCCCACUCUGCUUCAGUGUGUGCGUGGGGAUGGACGGGCCCCACUCUCCUUCAGUAUGUGCGUGGGGAUGGACGGGCCCCACUCUCCUUCAGUGUGUGCGUGGGGAUGGACGGGCCCUGCUCUCCUUCAGUGUGUGCGUGGGGAUGGACGGGCCCCACUCUGCUUCAGUGUGUGCGUGGGGAUGGACGGGCCCCACUUUGCUUCAGUGUGUGCGUGGGGAUGGACGGGCCCCACUCUCCUUCAGUAUGUGCGUGGGGAUGGACGGGCCCCACUCUGCUUCAGUGUGUGCGUGGGGAUGCGAUGCGCGCGCUCUAUCUGUAGAUCCAGGUCCGUGGGAAGUUUCAGAGAGUUGCAGAUAAACUCUUUCACAAAUGCAGUCACGUCAUUCUUCUCCGCUCCCUCCGUGAUCCCGUGUAUCCUCACAUUCUUGCGCCUCGAUCUCGCCUCCAAACUCUCACACUUUGCAGCGAGUGUUGCUCCCUGCUCCAGCAGAAGGGUCACAGCCUUCUCCAGACGCGUGGUCCUGUCCUCGGUCUCCCCCAGCCUCACCUCUGCAGCCGUGGUCCUCGUCUCCAGCUUAGUCAUUUGCUCAGACACACUUUUAAUUAUCGCAGAGGGCGCAGAAGACGGAUCUCCAUCUGUUCCUGACUUCAUUAAGAAUCUGCUCAGGGAAAAACUGGAUUUGCCCCAGUCUCUGGACUUGACCAUAGACAGAGCGCACCGCUCCCUGGGAUCAAAGCCGCCACCCGAGGCCCACGAUCAGUGGCCCACGAUACAGUGA